UAGUUUUUGGCAAGCCUGGUAAACAGAAAAACGUCAAGCUUUUUACAUCAGGAUUUGGAAUUUUUGCCUAAGCAAUUUUGCAUUUAUUUUAUUUUUGUGACGAAUAUAGCGGCCUUUGUUAGCAGGGCCCCAACAGCACAAAGAUGUCGAUGCGCCCUGAUGAUCAUCGUCGCAAAUGGGACCGGAAGGAGUACGAACGUUUAGCCCAGGAGCGGGCUCUUGCCAAGGCGAACACUACCACCGAAGAUGAACCUGUUACUAAGGAAUUACUCAAGCAACGCGAGUACAAAGUCGACCUUGACUCAAAGCUAGGCAAGAGUAUGGUCAUUAACAAGAGUACCCCAUCGUCACAGUCUGGAGGGUAUUACUGCAACGUAUGUGACUGCGUGGUCAAGGAUUCUAUUAAUUUCCUUGACCACAUUAACGGCAAAAAGCAUCAACGUAAUCUUGGUAUGUCGAUGAAAGUCGAAAGAAGUUCACUAGAUCAGGUAAAGGAACGAUUUAAAAUUAACAAAAAGAAAACUGAGGAAAAGAAAAAGGAUUACGAGCUAGAGAGUCGUGUAAAAGAAGCUAAAGAAGAAGAAGAACGUUACCGAGAAUAUAAACGCGAGAAGAGGAAAGAGCGUAAGCGAAAAAUUGAAGACGUCGAUGAUGCCGACGCAGGUACCUCGGAGCUAGCCGCUAUUAUGGGAUUCGCUGGUUUUGGUGGAUCAAAAAAGAACUAGAUAUACGUCGUAGUAUUAUAUUGCUUAUCAAUCUAACUAUUUUUACAAGCAAGCCCGUAACCGGUCGCUUCUGUAGAGAAUGCAAACAAUUUACAAAUGUUCUGUUCGAGGAACACGACAAAGCGAUAUUGCAAAACCUCAAUAUUCUACGCACUCUUGCCCUCCGUACCAAUCGGUGCCCCACACAAUUCAACGUUGGCACACGUCCGGCGGAAAGGCGAGACCUGCCGAAUGUAUAAGUGUUUUCACUGGAACUAAUUUUUGAUUUAUAAUUAUGUUAACGGUGUAUCUUUGUAAAGACGCAAGAGAAAUAUAUAGAUCCUAAUCCAGUACUAUUUAAA